UGGCCUGUGUCAGAGGCACUGCUUUACGACCCCCCACCUCCUGACCCACGCUCACUCGCGACAGACCUCCAGAGGCGACAGCUCCCGCUAAACACGGAACCUCAGGACUACAAGUCCCAUAAUGCCUCCCGUGCUGGCAACUUCCUCUUCCUGCUGCGCACGGCGCCGGCUCCUGCCGACGUGUUCUUCCGGUGGAGGAGCGGCGACUUAACCUGUACGAGGCAAAAUGGAGCUUGAGGCCAUGAGCAGAUACACCAGCCCAGUCAACCCAGCUGUCUUCCCCCACCUGACCGUGGUGCUUCUGGCCAUAGGCAUGUUCUUCACUGCAUGGUUCUUCGUUUAUGAAGUCACCUCCACCAAGUACACACGGGAUAUCUACAAAGAACUCCUCAUCUCCUUGGUGGCUUCACUCUUCAUGGGCUUUGGAGUCCUCUUCCUCCUGCUCUGGGUCGGCAUCUACGUAUGAGCACUCGAAGGUACCCACCACGCAGCUUCAACAAGUUCCUGAUUUUGUAAAUUAAAACUUUUUUUUACUGUUGCUAGAAGUGUCCCACCUGCUACUUAAAAUAAAGGCAGAUGUGUGACA